AUUUAGUUAUUUACACGAUGUUUUCAUUUUUCUAUCAAAAUCUAUCCAAUGGUCUUGGAUGAAAGUACAUCGGAAGACAAAUUGGAUAACUUCAUUGGAGUAUCCGCUUUAACACAGAGGCCGAGAGGGAAGGUCGAAGGGAGUGGCGUGGAAGUGUUGGCGGUAUUGUUAUUGUUGCACGUAGGUAAGAGUCGUGGAUAGCAGAGGAGAAGUGAGACCGUGAGAAAGGGAGGUUGAGAAGGAGGAGAGGCGAGCUCGAGAAAGAGGAAGAGUCGCCGGGAGAAACCGCCGCCGCCACUGUUGCUUGUUGUUUCAAAGCCACCAUUUUGCCUCCGUCUCUGCCAUUGUUGCUACCACGCCUGCCGUCCCUGUCUGCUGGAACUGCUGCCGCUGAAGUUGCCGGAACCACUGCCGAUUCUGCUUCUGAACCUGCUCCAAUGCCGUCACCUCUGCCUUCUCUCUUCCACCACCCCUAUUUCACCGGAUUCGGGCUGCAUCGCUGGUUCUGUUCUGUCUUAUUGGAGCUGCUGGCGUGAGUUGUAGUGGUAGCCGAUGUCCAUGUCACUGCUGAAACUGCCUGAGUUGUUGCUGCUUCUGCUAACUGCCUUUAUCCCUAAAAUUCUGUGACUAUCAAAUUAAGCUCUGAGAACAAAAUCAACAAGCUUUUCAGCCCCCAUCAGCUCCCGCCACUAUCGGCGGUGACAACCAGUGAUUGCCAUCCUAGCUUCUCGAAGGUAUUCUCUCCUCCCCGCGUCGUCAAGCCCGAGGGUGCCGUCAAGCCCGGUCCUAUCCUCGUCGUCGUCGCCAGAAGGUCGUCAAUCCCGGACCUGUCCUCGUCGUCGUCGAGCCCGAGGGUGCCGUCGUUGCCGCCGAACGUUUCUGUCGCUCGACGUCGCGAACAUCUACUCAGCCCUGUUCUCCUCGCCGUCGUUCCAGUGCCUCCAGAAGCUUCCUUCCUCCAAUAACAAGUUCACCUACAACUGCGACAACCACACCUUCAGCUUCCUCUUCAAUAAUGGCUUCACUUACUGUGUUGUUGCGGAUAAAUCUGCUGGAAGGCAGGUUCCUAUUGCGUUUCUGGAGCGAGUGAAGGAUGAUUUUUCCAAAUAUGGUGCCUCUGAUAAGGCCGGUACUAAUGCUGCCGCCAACAGCCUUAACAAGGAGUUUGGAACACAUCAAAAUUGACAUGCAUGAGCAUGAAGGGUAAUGGUCAUGAUUUGCUAGGGGAAAAUGGUGGGAAAACGCAUGAAUGUGGUGCCAAAAUGUGGAUCAAUGGGAUUGCUAAAUGCAUUGGAAUGUUAAUUUAGUAGAAGUUGUGCUCGUCCUCUCAUUCCCACAAGCACAACCUGACUCACAGAAAUCACACUCACUCUCUCCAAUGGAGAUUCAUCUCGUGGACUCCACUAGCCUUAGAUGGGCCUCUUCCAUCUCCUCCACAGCCCCCAUCAUGCAUUCAACAGAAUUCCUUAAACACAGCCACAUCAACACCGCUCCAAACCCACCAUUCCCACUUCGUGUUGAAUUCAUGAAGCGAGGCUUGAAACCAUUGUCUUCUGGGAUCCAAAAGGAUUCCAACAAGGACCUAUCGCGGAUUCUACGAACGGAAGCUGCCAUCAAAGGGGUGGAAAACAAAGGGAACUCAUGGAAGCACAGGCAGCUAUGGCCCAAGGCUGUUCUUGAAGCCUUGGAUGAGGCCAUCAAAGGGUGUCGAUGGCAGGCUGCACUCAAGAUUUUUGCACUUCUUCGUAGGCAACAUUGGUAUGAACCUAGAUGCCAAACAUAUGCAAAAAUAUUGAUGAUGCUUGGCAAGUGCAGGAAACCUGAAGAGGCUGGUCAGAUCUUUGAGAUAAUGUUGUCGGAAGGGCUUAGACCUACUGUUGAUGUCUACACCGCUCUGGUAGGUGCUUACGGUCUAAGUGGUUCCUUUCAUCAGGCAUUUGGUACUGUUGAAGAUAUGAAAUCAGUUGUUGACUGUGAACCGGAUAUAUAUACAUAUUCUAUUCUUAUCAGCAGCUGCACAAAAUUUCAACGUUUUGAUUUAAUUGGUCAUGUUCUUUCGGAGAUGUCUUAUGUAGGCAUUGAAUGUAACAAUGUGACAUAUAAUACCAUAAUUGAUGGGUAUGGUAAGGCUGGCAUGUUUGAACACAUGGAAAACUCACUGGCGGAUAUGGUUGAAAGUGGCAAUUGCCAACCAGAUGUUUUCACACUGAACUCUAUUAUAGGAGCGUACGGAGAAGGUAGGAAAAUUGACAAGAUGGAGAAAUGGUAUGAUGAAUUUCAGCUAAUGGGCGUUAAAGCAGACUUAAAGACAUUCAAUAUGAUGAUAAAGUCCUAUGGGAAAGCAGGCAUGUAUGAGAAGAUGCAGUCUGUUAUGGAUUUUAUGAAACGGAGAUUUUUCUCUCCUACAAUUGUAACAUAUAAUACGGUUAUUGAUGUGUUUGGAAAAGCUGGAGAAAUCGAGAAGAUGGAUAAACACUUCAAUAGGAUGAAGCAUCUAGGUGUGAAGCCUAACACUGUAACUUAUUGCUCUCUUGUCAAUGCAUAUAGCAAAGCUGGGCUUAUUGACAAAGUUGACUCAAUCAUGAGGCAUGUAGAAAAUUCUGAUGUAGUAUUGGAUACUCCCUUCUUUAAUAGUGUUAUUAGUGCUUAUGGCCAAGCUGGCGACUUGGAAAAGAUGGGUGAAUUUUUCCGGGCAAUGAAGGAAAGAAAUUGUGAACCUGAUAGCAUCACUUUUGCUUGCUUAAUGCAGGCUUACAAUGCUCACGGCAUGACUGAGGCCGCCAAAAAGUUGGAAAACUUGAUGGUUACUGACAAACAUAGCUUCGAGUUACAGCUAAAAAGGAAAGGAAAAAGAGCAAAAAACAAGAAACACGGAACAGGGUCAGCACGCCAUGGUGGAGGCUUCCCUGUUCAAGAUCUCACAUAGCUCCAACGGCAGAUCCAGCCACUCCUCAGCCCCAGCAAGGUUGUAAGCACCCAUCUUGGCUAAAGCGUCUGCCACAGAAUUCGAUUCUCUUGGGAUAAUGCUGAACUGAACUUCCCAACUCAGCUGAAGCAAAUCUCUAAUUUGCACGAGCAGAUCAGCAUCCUCUGCCAAAGACGCUUCAUGAAGGUGGGACGUCACCACGAGAAACGCAUCCAAGCAGUCAGUCUCACACACUAGCUGACGGCAGCCACACUCCCUUGCAAGAGAAAGACCCCUCCAAAUUGCAAAGAAUUCGGUCCUCUGAACAGACCCAGCUGGGUUGCAGCCGGCAGCUUCCUUCACCCACCUGCCGGUGGCAUCACGAAGAGCACAAUCAAAACCAAUGCCAGUCUUAUCCGAAGGCACACUUCUGUCACAAUUAAUUUAUGUAUUUUAUUUCUAAUUCAUGCCAUUUAUAGACCCAGAAACCUAUAAAUGUUAGUUUGAAAACUAAUCUCAAACCAACCAGGGGGGAAAAAACAUUUUCAAGGCUUACAGGCUUAGAUUUUUGGAUUGUGGUGAAACGCAUGGUAGGUGGGAAUGGGUGACCUGAAUUAUAAAAAGAAAAAUAAUUGAGGGAAAAAUGGGCAUAGUGUAAGAAAAAUGUCAGGUGUACGUUCUCCAGCCAUGUCCCAACCAAGCGACCCUAAAACCAUUUUUAGAUGCCUACAUCGCACACUCCCACACUGUCAUUGUUUUUUUAGCGAUUAACCCCUUCAUUAUCGUGGUUCAUGUCUCUCUCAGAUUACUGAUUCACCAAAAUUUUGUCAUUCUCGUCUCUUUCAAUCAUUGCCCGCUAUCUCUUUCACAGUCGCCAUUUUCGUCUGGCAAUGAUUGCAUUCAUUCUCGUCCUAAUUUCCUUAUUGCUGUAUUCACAUCUCAAUUCAUGUUCGUUUUGCUUUAUUUCAAUUGGAUUCUCGGUUGAAUCAAGCUGUUUGGUUCUAUUCAAUUGAUGAAACGAAUCUAAGAUCAAAUAAUUCAAAUGAA